UCGUAACUAGAAACAGAAGAGAAAAAUCAAGCAGCGUAAAUAGGUGAAAGCCAAGGCCAACUGUAAUUCUAUACAUUGUUGAGCUUGAAGCAAUGGCUGGUGCGUGGGAGCGGCGACGAGCUUCCUUUGUCGUCUUCGCCUUCGUUCUGAUCGGCUGUUUUUUCGCAUUUUCGAUAGCCAAAGAAGAGGCUACCAAACUCGGAACAGUUAUCGGGAUAGACCUGGGUACAACUUAUUCUUGUGUUGGGGUUUACAAAAACGGACAUGUUGAAAUUAUAGCGAAUGAUCAAGGUAACCGUAUCACCCCAUCGUGGGUUGCGUUCACCGACAAUGAGAGGUUGAUCGGUGAGGCUGCAAAGAAUCAAGCAGCUGUUAAUCCUGAGAGGACAAUCUUCGAUGUCAAGAGACUCAUUGGAAGAAAGUUUGAGGAUAAAGAAGUUCAAAGGGACAUGAAGCUUGCUCCUUACAAGAUAGUGAACAAGGAUGGGAAGCCUUACAUUGAAGUCGACGUGAAGGAUGGUGAGAAAAAGGUGUUCAGCCCUGAGGAGAUCAGCGCCAUGAUUUUGGUGAAGAUGAAGGAGACAGCUGAGGCUUACCUCGGAAAGAAAAUCAAGGAUGCUGUGGUCACCGUCCCUGCUUACUUCAAUGAUGCACAAAGGCAGGCCACAAAAGAUGCUGGCACAAUUGCUGGGCUGAAUGUUGUGAGGAUUAUCAAUGAACCAACUGCUGCAGCAAUUGCAUACGGUUUGGAUAAGAAAGGUGGCGAGAAGAACAUUCUUGUGUUUGACCUUGGUGGUGGAACAUUCGAUGUCAGCAUCUUGACCAUUGAUAAUGGGGUAUUUGAGGUUCUUGCUACAAAUGGAGACACUCACUUGGGAGGUGAGGAUUUUGAUCAGAGAAUCAUGGAAUACUUCAUUAAGCUGGUGAAGAAGAAGCAUGGAAAGGACAUCAGCAAGGACAACAGGGCACUCGGGAAGCUGAGGAGGGAAUGCGAGCGCGCCAAGAGAGCCUUGAGUAGUCAGCACCAGGUCCGAGUAGAGAUUGAGUCCCUCUUCGACGGAGUUGAUUUCUCUGAGCCUCUGACCAGAGCCCGUUUCGAGGAAUUGAACAACGAUCUGUUCAGGAAGACCAUGGGCCCUGUUAAGAGGGCCAUGGACGACGCUGGUUUGGAGAAACGCCAGAUCGAUGAGAUCAUCCUUGUUGGUGGAAGCACCAGGAUUCCCAAGAUUCAGCAGCUUCUCAAGGACUUCUUCGAUGGCAAGGAGCCUAACAAGGGUGUCAACCCCGACGAGGCUGUUGCUUUCGGUGCUGCUGUGCAAGGUGGAAUCCUCAGCGGAGAGGGAGGUGAUGAAACCAAAGAUAUUCUGCUGUUGGAUGUGGCGCCAUUGACCCUCGGCAUUGAAACCGUUGGAGGAGUGAUGACAAAAUUGAUCCCAAGAAACACCGUUAUCCCAACCAAGAAAUCCCAAGUUUUCACCACCUAUCAAGAUCAACAAACCACCGUAACCAUUCAGGUUUUUGAGGGUGAAAGAAGUCUCACCAAGGACUGUAGGUUGCUCGGCAAGUUCGACUUGACUGGCAUCCCACCGGCACCAAGAGGUACGCCACAGAUUGAAGUGACGUUCGAGGUGGACGCGAACGGCAUUCUGAACGUCAAGGCACAAGACAAGGCCUCAGGGCGGUCGGAGAAGAUCACCAUCACGAACGACAAGGGCCGUCUAAGCCAGGAGGAGAUUGAUCGGAUGGUGAGGGAGGCGGAGGAGUUUGCCGACGAAGACAAGAAGGUGAAGGAGAGGAUCGACGCCAGGAACAGCCUGGAGACGUAUGUCUACAACAUGAGGAACCAGAUCAACGACAAGGACAAGCUCGCAGACAAGUUGGAGGCCGACGAGAAGGAGAAGGUGGAGGCCGCGACGAAGGAGGCGCUGGAGUGGAUGGACGACAACCAGAGCGCCGAGAAGGAGGAGUAUGAGGAGAAGCUCAAGGAGGUGGAGGCUGUGUGCAAUCCCAUCAUCACCGCAGUUUACCAGAGGUCUGGUGGUGCCGCUGGUGCCUCUGCCGAGGACGGCGAUGCCGAUGACCACGAUGAACUGUAAAUGAAUUUUUUCUUAGGUUUUUAGAUUUGUGAUUUUUUCUUAUUUUGAUACAUAGUAGAAGUAGAAUGGUCGAAAUUUCAUGCAUUUGUUGUUUUGCUUGUUUUUCUUUCUUUCAAAAAGAGAGUUUUGAUUA